AUGCACUUCCUCAAGACCGCCGCCUUUGGUGCCUUUGCACUUGCGAGCCUUGUCGUCGCCCAGACUCCUCGUCUGUCGUUCACCAGUGUACCCACUGAGGUCACUGCUGGGCAGCCUGUCACGAUUCAAUACACCUCGCAAAUCCUGACCGCACAAAAGCCUGCCACUAUCGUACUCAGAAAGGGUGACCCAUCCGACCUGCAGGAUGUCACUACUUUGACCAACAACGCUAUCAACGGAACCUACACAUGGAUCCCGAGCAAGUCUCUCGCAAAUGCCAGCGACUAUGCUCUUCAGAUCGCACAGGGCUACCAGGUCAACUACUCUGGACAGAUCACCCUGACUGGUGGUAAUGCCGCCGCUGUGUCAUCAGCAAAGUCAGCAAGCUCAUCUGCCAAAGCCGCUGCAUCGUCCUUGACCGCCUCUGCCAUUUCCAGCAUCGAGUCUGUCAUUGCAAGCUACAACUCGUCUUUGACCAACCUGACUGCGAUCGUCUCCAUCCAGACCUCGCCCCCUACACCUCCUGCCAACACUACCGUAGUGGUUGUCGCACCUAGCGUCGGAACUGGCUCGCCUAUUCACCGUAACACGACCAUCGUCUCGCCAACUUUGACUUCUUCUUCCGGAAGUUCGAGCAGCAGUGGCAGCUCUCGUGCAACAUCGAGCUCGGGAACAUCAACUCGCGGCUCAUCGACCUCAGCAGCAGCAAGCGCUUCAAGUACUGGCGCUGCAGCAACUUUGGCCCAAGCCAGCACUCCUGUUCUUGCACUGUUCGCCGUCGCAGCUGUCUUCUUCUUCCAGUAA